AUGGAUCGGCUCGUUCAGAUGACCCAGGAACCCAGCAACAUGCAGCCACGAAGCAAAAUUUCCAAACCACAGCCUCGGCGCCGCGGCGAUGCCACAACAACACCUUCCUUUCCCAACACACCACACAACCCCUCCGCAACAUCUCCAUCGGCGAACAACAGCCACCGCCGAGCUCUCCGCUUUGCCCGCCCAUCAUCUUUCGGCGUUCGAAUUCAGAACGCGCUCUUCUCCUUUCUUGCGUUUGUCAAAUGCGACAAGGUCAUUCCUUGCUCUCGUUGCGUGCGUUUGUCCAAGGUGUGCGUCCGCCAUGAGUCUCGUCAAGGCCAGGGCCGGAACAAGAAACGUGCUCGUACCAAGGUCUCGGAAGAUGCUGUCAUUAGCACGGAAGUGGGAACGCUCAAGCCCAACCACUACGGAUUGCAGUAUCUCAUACGCAGUUGGGUGUCGUUGUCGUUGCGGCGACGAAACUUUGGGUUACUGGCUCGGGCCGGGAUGAUUGCCGAUCGGAGUGGGAUAUCCAUGGAUCAGAUCCUGUGCGAGUAUGGGAAUCGGCGUGGCAUGGAUUUCCUGUACUCGUUGCUCUUGACGCCCGCUCCGCAGCAAGUCGUCUUGGGCAGUCGUCUCAGUUGGUCCGAAAUCCCUCAAUCCAGCUUGAUUGCGACGGGAUGUGUCGGUGCCACGGAUGGACUCAACGAUCCCAUUGUGGCUCAUCGCUGGAUUUGGAUACGCGAGAUCCGACAGGGGAUUUCCCGUUACCUCGUUACGCCCGCCUUUGAACGGGACAUUGCCGAUUGGAGCUUGAUCCAGCAGACGUACCAGGAAAACAAAAAGAGCGUUGUGGAGUUGUUCCUGUGCCCGGGCGAUAUUUCCAAACAUACCAAAGCAUUGGCACAUCAGAUUGCGCUCCAUGCUGCGCCUAAUCUCCCCCGCAAGUCCAGUCGGAUGAAGAGUAAGGUCAAACUCAAGACCAAAAUGCCCAACCCCAAGGGAGGCCCUCCCAUGAGCUCGGUCGAGGUCGAUCAGGUGUUUUGUUUGGAUAUUCAGAACCUGGACCACGACUAUUCGUUCCAGGAAUACGUCCCUCGUGUGGAAAUGCCGGCUCGUGCCUCGACUGCUGAUGUCGAUGCUGAUACUGCGUUCAAGUCCAGUCUCGACUUCGGUUUGCCUUUGUUGGAUUUGGACAAUUUCGACGACGACGAGGAAACCGAUUUGGAUUUCUUUUUGACUGUGCUGAAAUAA